AUGGUGUUGCCUGGAGCAGCUCAAUGCCCUACUUCAGUCAGGAAAAUCAACGAUGGCAAUUUCACAUUCAAUGCGACUGGAGACACCUCAGUCACCUUUGUCAACAAAGAUCCUUGGCACCUUUCUUUGACCAUUGAGGAUUCUCGUCGAGAAAACACGCGUUACGGCUCGGAAUGGAACACGCUGCAAGACUUGGGCGUCUUUCUUAGCGUCCCAGAGUCGUUCAUUGGCACAAGAGAUGGCAAUCGGACUCAAGUCUGCACGUACCGAAUGGUAGGCCAAAACGCAACUUCCGAUGCUGAGGACAACAGUGCAAAGUUGUCUUGCAACGGCAUACUCAGUGAAGACUGCCAGAAGGCGUUGCGAAGUGUUUCAGCCCCAAAAGAUGGGGAAUGCCCAUCAGCACCAUCAAACGUGGCUGAGGCCUGUGGGGAGUCGAUCAACAUCUGGACCUCCGUUCCUCUAAACUUUUCAAGUUCCAACUGCUCAGUUGACGAGCUUCCUGGUGUCAGUCUGCCCGACGACUACGAGACCUUUCAGCUAUCUGGAGGUGGCCUUGUUCCUCCUGAUGCCGAGAAGGACUCGUUUGAGGUGUAUGACCUACGCGUCCAACAACCCAUCCCAAUCCUUUUGUCAGUGCUGCUCCCGGACGGCAAGUCGGCUGCUGAAGUCAUAUGCCUGGCUCCAAGUAACAUCACGCAGAGCAGUCGUGAGCCAGAGGCAGAGUUUCCACCCAAUGCUGCUGGUAGCUUGGAACCAAGAGGGGCUUUGGCCUUUGUGGUGGCGGCUAUGUGCGUUGCGGCAAUGAUUCUAGCGCCUUGA